UGCUAGUGCAUGCUGUUUGUCUGGCAAGUUUUUGCGAUACCACGGGAUUCUUUGAAGUUUUGGGUAGAAGCUGUUGCUGCUGCUGUUUGUGUAUCUUUUAGCCGCCACAGGUUCUACUUUUCCUCAUUUACCGUCUCUUAAGUUUGCCCCAUUGCUGAGUAUCUCAGAGGACGAGCAUUUUGUGGAGAAGAUCCAAGAUUCUUGUAACUUUUCUCUUGGCCACAUCCUGUUCAAACACAUCUCUCUUCUCGUAUACCCUCCGCUGUCUGUCCUAGCUGCCUUCUCUUUUUCCUUCUUGCUCAACCAGUCCUCUCACACAUACACGCACCUCCCCUCAUUCUGGCCCCUUUCUCUUCUUUAGCUCUGCUCUCCGGUUCACCGUCUUCUUUACCUGUCCAAGAAGGACAAUCCUUUUUUUGGCCAAAUUUGUCCUACACCGUCACUGCAUCAUUCCCUCGCUUCCCUUAAACCUUCUGUUCCCCUAAUGGGCUCCAUAUCAGACAGCAGUGCCACAUUCCCUUCAUUGUCACUGAAAACCUCUCUCCACCCCUAACCGCCGCGCCAAGACCAACAUCAACGCGACCCAAUGGAGACAAAAGAUAUGAUGAUGACGAGCAUGUUGACAAUGGACAAAGGGGAGAAUGAGGGAGAGGGGGACAAAGGGAGAGAAGAGGUGGGGGAAGUAGAGGAGGGGACACAACAGGAAAAUGGUAGACUGAUGCUGGUUGAUGGUCUUGCAGAAAAAGGACCCAAGAGUCUGACCUCCAGCUCUGGACAGCAAGUGUCCAAUGGCUUCACUACAUCCACCCCUCAAAGCCCCACGGAGGGACGAGGGACUGCAGCUAGUUCCGGAGGUACAGCUUCUGGGCCUGGAGGAGGCACCGGGUCCUCAGUGCCACUGGGAGGCCUCAGGACUCUGGUGGUCCAGCAAACCAGCUUGGAGAGGCCCAGAGAAACCUGGAGCAAGAAGAUGGACUUCUUGCUCUCUGUGAUUGGCUACGCUGUGGACCUGGGAAAUGUCUGGCGCUUCCCUUACAUCUGCUACCAAAAUGGAGGAGGUGCCUUUUUGCUGCCCUACCUGUUGAUGGCAGUGUUUGGUGGUGUCCCUCUCUUCUACAUGGAGCUGGCUCUCGGCCAGUUCCACCGCAGCGGCUGCAUCUCCAUCUGGAAACACAUCUGCCCCAUCUUCAAAGGGAUUGGCUUUGCCAUCUGCAUUAUAGCCCUCUACAUAGCCUUCUACUACAACACCAUCAUGGCCUGGGCCUUGUACUACCUACUAUCAUCAUUUCGGCCCACCCUGCCCUGGAGCACCUGCUCCAACAGCUGGAACACUGUCAACUGUAACCUUUACAUGUCUACCGACCACAAUGUGUCGUGGUCCAACUCCUCCACCUCCCCCGCCGAGGAGUUCUAUACUCGCCAGGUGUUGCAGGUUCACCUCUCCCCAGGUCUGCACCAGCUGGGCUCUGUCAGCUGGCAGCUGGCCCUCUGCCUGCUCUUCAUCUUCACCAUCGUCUACUUCAGCAUCUGGAAAGGAGUCAAGACGUCUGGAAAGGUAGUUUGGGUGACUGCUACCUUUCCCUACCUGGUCCUCCUGGUGUUGCUCAUUCGGGGGGCCACUCUGCCAGGAGCCUGGAGGGGUGUGGUCUUCUAUCUCAAACCUGAUUGGCAGAAACUGCUUAGCACUACAGUGUGGAUUGAUGCAGCAGCUCAGAUCUUCUUCUCACUGGGUCCCGGAUUCGGCGUGCUCCUUGCCUUUGCCAGCUACAACCCAUUCCACAACAACUGUUACAAAGAUGCUUUGGUCACCAGCUCUGUGAACUGUCUGACUAGCUUUCUCUCUGGCUUUGUCAUCUUUACCGUGCUGGGUUACAUGGCUGAGAUGAGGCAUCAGGAUGUGGAUGCUGUGGCCAAGGAUGCUGGUCCCAGUCUGCUAUUCAUCAUUUAUGCAGAAGCCAUAGCAAACAUGCCUGCUGCUACUUUCUUUUCCAUCAUCUUCUUCCUCAUGAUCAUUAUGUUGGGUCUGGACAGCACGUUUGCAGGAUUGGAGGGGGUGAUCACAGCUAUGCUAGAUGAGUUCCCUCAUAUCCUGGUUAAGAGACGAGAGUGGUUUGUCUUUGGCCUGGUUUGUGUCUGCUACCUCGGGGCUCUCUCCACACUCACAUAUGGAGGAGCGUUUGUGGUGAAGCUGUUUGAGGAGUACGCUACAGGCCCUGCAGUCAUCACUGUGGUCCUGCUUGAAGUCAUCGCUGUUUCCUGGUUCUACGGUACCAACCGUUUCUGUAAUGACAUCGAGGACAUGCUCGGUUUCUACCCGGGUUAUUUCUGGAGGGUCUGCUGGGUGGCCAUCUGCCCCUGCUUUCUGCUGUUCAUCAUCAUCAGUUUCCUGGCCUGCCCUCCAGAGGUCAGGUUGUUCAACUACCACUACCCGCCAUGGACCACUGUCCUGGGCUACUGUAUCGGGGUGUCCUCAUUCAUCUGUGUGCCUGCUUAUAUGGUCUACCACUUGCUCAACGCUAAGGGCACAUUCAAACAGCGUCUGUUAAAGAGUAUCACUCCAGAGCCCAGCAGUGCCCAACACAGAGACUUCAUUGUCACCAAUGCAGUCUGACCAAACCCUGGCCAAAAGAAGGUGCCACUCUAGCGACAUAGAGCGCCCUCUUCUGGACAAUCUGCAAAACUACAGGACAAGGGGGCUACCUUUCACCAUCUUUGCCUCUUUUCAUUAUCUCCCACACUUGUUUUUAGCUCUCUCACACCAGGAUGUAGAAACAGAGGUGGAGUUAGGUGGAGCCAGGCUGCAGUAGCUUUGUUUAGCUUGGUUUAGUUUGGUUCUUUAUGCUGGUUCAGUUUUGAAGGAGGUGUUACUAAACCCAGAGAUUAGUGUCAGUAUCUUUAGCAUCAACAUCCUCUCUCUAUUUAGUGUUACCUAAAUCAUUUAGUGACCGACCUUCUUCUUCUUCAGGUUAUAUAGUUGUAACAAAUAUUUUAUACAAUUAUAUAAAGUGUGAUACAAUCUAUGUUCAUGUAGACAAUAAAGUGGAGAUACUGCACAUAGAAAUCAGUUAAAGAAGGCUAGAUAGUUACAUUUCAGUCUCCUCUCACUGUUUAUGGUUGUAUUUUCAUAUUAUGCUGUUAAGUCAUGCAUUCUUAUAUGUAGCAAAAUUCAGGUAUCUUUUUACAUCUGUUACUGAAGCCAAAUAUAUGAUAUCUGUUCUGUUCAUAUUUCUAAAGAUGUUUCAAUAUUGUAGUUGUCGUUACGUUGUGUUGAAUGUCAGCCUGUGUUUAUUUGGUGACAUCUUGGACAAACGACGGAUUUGCAAUGAGUUCCCUACACUGUGAAGCACUGUCUGCUGGUGACAUGAAUGUGUGUGCGUGUGAGUGUAAAAGAAAAGACUGUUAUAAUGUCCAAUGGAAAAAAUGGAUCACAGACAGAACCAAUCAAGUGUAUUCAUUCUGUGACUGCAAUAUGAGAUGUGUAUUUAUUUUAUAAUGUAUCAUUGCUGUCGUUCUACCUGCCACACUUCAGUAUGACAACCCUAACAUGACAUAGUGCUGAUGGUCCUUCUUUGGUUUAAUCACAGUCACAUGUCAUACUGCAUAACUGUCAGUAAUAGAAACCAAAUAUGGAUCAGAGCUAAUAACAUUAUCAAUGGCGUAGUCCGAAAAUCAGCAUUAUUGCUCUUUACUUUCUACCAAAAAUCUGUUUGUGUGGUGUGUGCAUGUGUCUGUGUGUGUGUUUGUGAGAGUGUAUGUAUCUGUGUGUGUGUAGGAGCAGGAGUUAAAAUAUGGCGAGUACUGUACAUCAUGUGUAUUAUGAUUACUGGUCAGUCUGGUAUUGGUGUAAUCUAUCCUGUGAAUACCUGUCUCCUCUCUCCAUGGAGGUGUGUGUGUGCAUGAGUGUUUAGUGCUUGUGUGGGCUUGAGUGUUUUGUGUGCGUGUGCGUGUGCACCUUGAUUAGUGUGUUGGUGCACAUAUGGAUGGUUGUGAAAAAAGGAUUAGAGGUGUUCAGCCCCUUUAUGUAUGCAUGCCGUGAUGUGUGUGUAUACUGUAGUUCAAAUGUGUGCGUGUGUGUGUCUGUAAUGUGAUCUCCUGUUGUCUUGUUGACUGCCAAAAUAUAUUAUGAAGGAAGUAAACUCCCUCUUGCCUCUCUCUCUCUCGUACCUCUCAAGCUUAUGUAAGAUCUAUGUAUGUCAAUAAAAGACUGUAUUGAGAAAUACACCUGUAUAGAAUAAAGAUAUAUAAAUAUAUGGGAAAUAACAGAUA